UGUGUUCCUCUUCUCCAAUCCCCACCACAGUUACGACAGAGGGAUGCUAACUACACGCUGUUUGCCUUGAGAGUUUCAUUUGUAGAGGGUCCGCACAUCAAAACCAAAAACAUGACCGAAAUGAUUUGUAUGCUCUUCUCUUAAUUCUGACUGAGGAGGGCCAAACACCGAGGUUCAGGCUGUGAUGUCAUCAUCAGUGGGAGGCCACAUAGAGGAGCACUGGUCCUUUACGUUCAGGUUCUGGGAGCGGGUGAUGUCAUCAUCAGUGGGAGGCCACAUAGAGGAGCACUGGUCCUUUACGUUCAGGUUCUGGGAGGCUGUGAUGUCAUCAUCAGUGGGAGGCCACAUAGAGGAGCACUGGUCCUUUACGUUCAGGUUCUGGGAGCUGGUGAUGUCAUCAUCAGUGGGAGGCCACAAAGAGGAGCACUGGUCCUUUACGUUCAGGUUCUGGGAGGCCACAUAGAGGAGCACUGGUCCUUUACGUUCAGGUUCCGGGAGGCUGUGAUGUCAUCAUCAGUGGGAGGCCACAUAGAGGAGCACUGGUCCUUUACGUUCAGGUUCUGGGAGGCUGUGAUGUCAUCAUCAGUGGGAGGCCACAUAGAGGAGCACUGGUCCUUUACGUUCACGUUCUGGGAGGCCACAUAGAGGAGCACUGGUCCUUUACGUUCAGGUUCUGGGAGGCCACAUAGAGGAGCACUGGUCCUUUACGUUCAGGUUCUGGGAGGCCACAUAGAGGAGCACUGGUCCUUUACGUUCAGGUUCUGGGAGGCCACAUAGAGGAGCACUGGUCCUUUACGUUCAGGUUCUGGGAGGCUGUGAUGUCAUCAUCAGUGGGAGGCCACAUAGAGGAGCACUGGUCCUUUACGUUCAGGUUCUGGGAGGCCACAUAGAGGAGCACUGGUCCUUUACGUUCAGGUUCUGGGAGGCCACAUAGAGGAGCACUGGUCCUUUACGUUCAGGUUCUGGGAGGCCACAUAGAGGAGCAGCCCGCUUCCAUGACUAAUGCAAUCACUUCCCACCUGGCUCAUGCCGGGGAGGCAGCCCGCUUCCACGACUAAUGCAAUCACUUCCCACCUGGCUCAUGCCGGGGAGGCAGCCCGCUUCCACGACUAAUGCAAUCACUUCCCACCUGGCUCAUGCCGGGGAGGCAGCCCGCUUCCACGACUAAUGCAAUCACUUCCCACCUGGUUCAAACUCCUCCCACCGGUGUAACCCGGGCCAGAUAAACAAACCCCCUCGGUGACAAGAGGUUGCCAUGGGGACCUCCCGUGUUGUGCAGCGGUCUAAAGGCACAGCAUCGCAAUGCUAGAGGUGUCACUAAAUUAAUAAAAUAAGUUUCCAUGUGGGGAAUCGUAGGUGGUGGUCAUUAUAUUGAUGUCUUGUUUUGACUGAUGUCAUGUUUAUGCUAAUAUGGCAAAAAUUCACGAGCAAGCUAACCAACAACCAUAACGAUGUAUGUGAGACAAGUGCUCAUUGUGCAAAAGUAUUUGUUUUCAAUAAACAUUUGGAGAUUAAAUAUAUAGUAUACAUGUUGUCAACAGUCUAAUGCUAAGUACAAGUGCUAGUCGAAACUAUGAAAUGUUCGACUUGCUAACUUGUAGUUAUACACCUGUUGUAUUCAACGAAUCAGCAAGUCGGAAAUGUCCUCCUUGUUUCUGACGAGCACGUGAACACAGCAUCAGCCAACUCUGUUUCCCCAUAGUUGCGCAUGCGUCGGUUUUGUUGCUAAACAACCAACCCAUCUAUGCCUCUUAAGGGGAAGUAAUCAGAUAACAUUACUGAGUUCGGGUAAUCCUACUGAGUACCAUUUUGGACCGGUAACAGAUUACAUUUAGAAAGUAACUUACACAACCCUGUUUAUAUCAUAAUGUGCUGUAUGUACACUACUGUACUGGAUGGAGACAAAGUCCCAUUCAUAUUGUUGCUGUUUGAACUCCAGAACAGAUGGUGGCGCUAACGCGGAUCGUCUGAGGAAUCUAACCCGGAAGAAGAAACAUACUAACGUUGAUAUUUAGGUAGCGGGGUUAUUUUGCAAGUGUGUGAAAAUGUGUCCGAUAUCAUUUGAUACGGUUUAAUGUAGAUUUUGAUAUUGCCAAACAUGGACUAUAAACGUGGAACCAACGAUGUUACCAACCACAAUUCCAUAUCGUUUUGUUAUCGGGUCUAGGAAAGUAAGUUAGCUUGUUAGCUAAAGCCUAGCUUACUGACUCGCUAAUUUAGCUAGUUUUCAAAUAGUUCUUCAUAGAAAGCAAUCCGCUAUCGAGCUAAUGUGAACUCGUGGUUAACGGUCAGUGGAAUGAAAACGGCGAUGUCAGAAUAAUCUGCUAUAAUUCAGUGCGCUAACUACAUAAUUCAUAGGAAGCUAUAGAAGAAUUCAUGAUGGAUGAGGAUUCGGCCGAUCCAUCCAACCCCCCUCUCUCCUGCUCCACUGAACCCAACCCUCCGGAGUCACUGGUUCCUGACUCUAACCAUAGAGACAUCAACAACUGCAGUGAAAUACCCAGAUUUAACAUUGUAGUCAAGGAGGAGGAGGAAGACUGGGAUGUGGAUAAUAUUGGAGAGAAUCCUAACCCCAGCUCUGGUGAAGAGGCAUCAACAGAACAACACCAGGAGAAUCCUACGGCUAAGAAGCCUUGGCGAUGCCCCCAAUGUGAAAUAGAAAUCGCUCACCCAUCCAAUAUCAACAGACACCUAAGAACACACACAAAACCUGCUAAGGAGUCUUCCGUCUGUCCAGUAUGUGGAAAAGACUUUGUUCACCCCUCCAAACUGAAGAGACACCGCCGAACACAUACAGGAGAGAAGCCUUACCAGUGCUCUGUGUGCGGGAAGCGAUUCACACUGAAGCCCCACCUGGAAAGACAUCAGAUGACCCACCCUGGAGGGAAGCAGCCAGACGCGACAAAGAAGCACCCGUGCUCUUAUUGUGGAAAGGAAUGUUUCUCUGCAUAUGAACUGAAGAUGCACAUGAGAAAGCACACAGGGGAGAGACCUCACCAGUGCACCUACUGCGAGAUGAGCUUUGGCUGCAAGGGAACUCUAUCGAGACACGUACGACGCCAUACGGGAGCACCCACACCGAAACCUUACCAAUGCUCACAGUGUGGGAAGAGAUACGAGUCACCGUCGAGGCUCAGGCAGCAUCAGACUGUGCACACUGGAGAGAAACCUUACGAGUGCUCUGAUUGCGGGAGGGGUUUCGCUUCGACCGAAGGUCUUCGCAAACAUCAAUGCAGCCAUGCCAGUAACCAUAGCAACCAGUGUACACUGGGAAUUUCAGAAACGGCAUCAUCAGGCAGUCAAACUAUGAAUAUCAAGAUCAAAGACGAGGAACAGGAGCUGGCAAUUAAUGUCAAAGAGGAGGAGGAAAUUGGUGUUUUUGUCAAUGCUGAUAGAGAAACCUUACCGGAGUACCACCUGUAAAAGAGCUUUGUUCACCCUAGCUCUCUAGCAAGACACUGAACCAAUCUCGUGGACAGGGAUCACAACAGCAGGUGUCUAUUCUAGUACCGGAUGUCAGAGUGAAAGAGAAGAAGGAAGAUCCUGCUUUUGGUGAGCUAAAGCGUUUAUUUUGUACUAUUGCUUAGAUAUCUAAUGGGCCCAUACUUGCGACCUCUUGCUUAAACUUAGGCUUAGUUUCUUGAGAACUCUUGCUUAAGCUUUUCCCAUGAAAUAACGUAGCCCGAUGCUAACACAACCAGCUGAUAGCAUGAGAUAAUGUAGCCCUAUGCUAACACGACCAGCUGACAGCAUGAUAAAACAUAGCCCUAUGCUAACACGACCAGCUGAUAGCAUGAGAAAACGUAGCCCUAUGCUAAUACGACCAGCUGAUAGCAUGAGAUAAAGUAGCCCUAUGCUAACACGACCAGCUGACAGCGUGAGAAAACGUAGCCCUAUGCUAACCAGACCAGCUGACAGCCUGAGGAAACGUAGCCCUAUGCUAACACAACCAGCUGACAGCAUGAGAAAACGUAGCCCUAUGUUAACACGACCAGCUGACAGCAUGAGAAAACGUAGCCCUAUGCUAACACAACCAGCUGAUAGCAUGAGAAAACGUAGCCCUGUGCUAACAUGACCAGCUGACAGCAUGAGAAAACGUAGCCCUAUGCUAACACACUGGAUAGAAACCUUAUGCCUUCCCCGACUGUGACAAGAGCUUUGCUUUCGCUUCAGCCUUGAAAAGACACCAUAAGUUACACACAGGAGAGAAAACCCACUCCUGCUCUGUGUGGGGGAAGAGUUUUACUCAAUCAUCCACCUUGAAGGAUCACUUCAGGACACAUUCAGGAGAGGAUUAGUUAUCCAAGAUCCUUUAAGCUCCAAUGCCUGAAACUCGAGACGCCGGGUGAGGGACAUACAGUACCUCGUGGACUGGGAUGGUACGGUCCGGAGGAGAGGUGCUGGGUACCGGUGGGGGACAUUUUGGACCCUUCACUUCUGAGGGACUUCCACUCGGCCCCCCGGGUCGCGCACGGGGCCGAUGGCCGUGCGUCA